UCGGACCUUCACUAAGGCCCGCCCCCGCCCCCACCCCUACACCCUCCCGCGCUGGCUAGCUGAGGCCUCCGGCGGGAGAAUCGCGAUCGCCUACAUCAACCGGGGAGCGGUAGCGGAAGGCGCGGGGGCUGCUGGGAGGCGUAGUUCAUUCACUUGCUCGCUUCCCUCACAGACAGUCAAGCCUGAUCCAGAACACGACAUUUCCCAAGGGGCUAAGCGCCAUUCAGCUCGCUGGCGACGACAGUCCCUGAGAAUCCCUACGCACGCUUAGACUCUUGGGAGUUGUAGUACGAAUCCAGUCAAGAUUGGAACCAUGGCGGUGACCAAGGAGCUCUUACAGAUGGACCUGUACGCCCUACUAGGUAUCGAGGAGAAAGCAGCGGACAAAGAGGUGAAGAAGGCAUAUAGGCAGAAGGCCCUCUCCUGCCACCCAGACAAAAAUCCAGAUAAUCCCAGAGCAGCUGAGCUCUUCCACCAGCUUUCUCAGGCCUUGGAGGUACUGACCGAUGCUGCAGCCAGGGCUGCAUAUGACAAGGUCAGGAAAGCCAAGAAGCAGGCAGCAGAGAGAACCCAGAAACUUGAUGAGAGAAGAAAGAAAGUGAAGCUUGACCUGGAGGCCCGGGAACGGCAGGCCCAGGCCCACGGCAGUGAGGAGGAGGAGGAGAGCCGGAACACCAGGACGCUAGAGCAGGAGGUGAGCCUCCGGGCAUGCUGGCCUAAAGCCAUCUGCAGGAGAAGGAGGAGGGUGAGCCUAGGUGGCUGUCCUGGCUGUCUUCUUCUGUGGAUCUGGGUAAUCUGUCCAACCCGCAGGUUGCUGAGCCCUAGCUUGCAGGUGGAGCCUCCCAGGGACCUUCACAAGGUGAGCCAAACUGGAAUUGGAUCUGCACAGAAUUGUCACUCCCCCCAACCCCGCUCUGCAGAUCGAACGCCUUCGAGAAGAGGGUUCCCGGCAGCUGGAGGAACAACAGAGGCUGAUCCAGGAGCAGAUACGCCAGGAACGGGAGCAGAGGUUGAGAGUACGGAGAGGUGCUCAACCUGGUGCUUUCCAGCAAGAAGGCUGGCACCGCUGUGGUGGAGUUUGCGACCGUCAAGGCUGCGGGCUCAGUGCUGUCCGAGAGGGACUAUGAGAGCCUCGUCAUGAUGCGCAUGCGCCAGGCCGCUGAGCGGCAACAGCUGAUCGCCCAGAUGGAGCAGGAGGACGAGGUGCGGCAGCCCACAUAGCCUCCUGCCUCCAGCCCACUCCCCUCCAAAGCCCUCGUCUUCCACGGCACCAAUAAAGUUUGGGGUUUUUUGUUUUUU